CAUGGUUGGCAUUCGUGUAUCCAUCUAUAUGAAUGAUCCAUAAUAUUCACCAAGUAUAUCAAAUAAUAAAGAAAAAAACAAUUUUUUCAAAAAAAAAACUAUGGAAGAAAAUUUUGGUAUUUUAUUCAAUCGUGAACGCUAUGAAUUAAAUGUUUGCGAACAAAACAUUGCUCUAUUCACCAAAUACAUUAAUGAUUAUGAACAUUUGAAAACAAGACUAUCAACAUUGGCUGAUAGAACUCGACAUGAUAUUAUGAUACCCAUCGGUGGAACCAAAUUGGCCUAUAUGCCUGGUUACAUUCAUCAUACGAAUGAAAUAUUAGUUCUUCUUGGUGAUAAUUAUUUUGUGGAAAAAUCAACAAAAGAAGCCAUCGAGUUUGUUGAAAGGAGAUUAAAAUUUUGUCGAGAAAAGCUUAACGAUCUUGAGCGUCAAAAAUCCAUAAUUAAUGAAUGGCUGAAUACGACCACCAAUCUCCAAGAAGAAAGUAGUCAAUUUGUCAAUAUAACUGAAACCUGUACUGAAGAAGAAUAUCAACAAUGGAUACGUGAACGAAAUGAAAAAAUUAGAGAGAAAAACAAGAAUAAAUCAAAUAGAUCAAAAGAAAUGUCUAAAGAAGAGUUGAAUAACAUUUUUGCUAAAUAUGAAAACGAACAAAUGGAAAAUGAUAAUGAUCAGCCAUUCAAAUCACAAAUAAUUGAAAGACUCGUUCCUGAUUCACAGCCAUCGGAGAAACAGGAAACAACAACAAUCUCAACAUCGCAUCGUCCACAAUCAAAAUUCAAAGCAAGUCGGAUUAAAAAUCAAUGAUUAAACUCUUGGAAUAAUCGUUUGUCAAAUAUUUUUUUAAAAAAUACGUGCACAAAAAUAUUCGAAAUAAAAUCGAAAUCAAUUAUACAAUUAA